UCACUUCUCAGGAAAUAAAACUCAGUCAGUCGUCGUCGACAGCGAGUGUUGAAAUGGCGCAGAAAGGAGUUCAUCUGGACCGUGAGUCUUUCUCUUGUUCCAUCUGUUUGGAUCUUCUGAAGGAUCCGGUGACUGUUUCCUGUGGACACAGCUUCUGCAUGAGCUGUAUUCAAUCCUACUGGGAUACUGAGGAUGAGAGGAUGAUCUACAGCUGUCCUCAGUGUAGAGAGACCUUCAGACCGAGGCCUGUCCUGAAGAAAAACACCAUGUUAGCAGGUUUAGUGGAGGAAGUGAAGAAGAGCGGACUCCAAGCUGCUCCUGAUGGUUCCUCUGAGGCUGGACCUGAAGAUGUGGCCUGUGAUUUCUGCAGUGGGAGAAAACUGAAAGCUGUCAAGUCCUGUCUUCAAUGUCUGGUUUCUUACUGUCAGAUUCACCUCCAGCCUCAUUUUGAAUCUCCUCCAUUAAAGAAACACAAGCUGGUGGAGCCCUCCAAGAAGCUCCAGGAGAACAUCUGCUCUCGUCAUGAUGAGGUGAUGAAGAUCUUCUGUCGCACUGAUCAACAGUCUAUCUGUUAUCUCUGCUCUGUGGACCAACACAAAGGUCACGACACAGUCUCAGCUGCAGCAGAAAGGACUGAGAGGCAGAAAGAUCUGGAGGAGAGUCGAGGAAACAUCCAGCAGAGAAUCCAGGACAGAGAAGAAGAUGUGAAGCUGCUCCAACAGGAGGUGGAGGCUAUCAACGGCUCUGCUGAUAAAGCUGUGGACCACAGCCAGGAGAUCUUCAGCCAGCUGAUCCGUCUGAUGGAGAAACGCCGCUCUGAGGUGGAGCAGCAGGUCAGAUCCCAGCAGGAACGUGAAGUGAGUCGAGUCAAAGAGCUUCAGGAGAAACUGGAGCAGGAGAUCACUGAGCUGAAGAGGAAAGACGCUGAUCUGCAGAAGCUCUCACUCACAGAGGACCACAACCAGUUUCUGCACAGCUACCCCUCACUGUCAGAACCGGGUCAACCUGCUGACUCAUCCAGAAUCAACAUCCGUCCUCUGAGAUACUUUGAGGAGGUGACAGCAGCUGUGUCAGAGCUCAGAGAGAAACUCCAGGAUCUUCUGAGAGAGACGUGGACAAACGUCUCACAGGCCGUGACUGAUGUGGAUGUUUUACUGUCAGAACCACCAGAACCAGGACCAGCAGAACCCAAGACCAGAGCUGGUUUCUUAAGAUAUUCACAAAGAAUCACACUGGAUCCAAACACAGCAAACUGUUAUCUGUUAUUAUCUGAUGGAAACAGAAGAGCAACAUUUACAAAACAACAACAGUCUUAUCCUGAUCAUCCAGACAGAUUCACUGAUUAUAAUUUUCAGGUCCUGAGUAGAGAGAGUCUGACUGGACGUUGUUACUGGGAGGUGGAGCGGAGAGGGGGCGGGGUUGAUGUAGCAGUCGCAUACAAGACUAUCAGGAGAGACGGGAGAUCAGAUGAUUGUAAAUUUGGAUUCAAUGACAAAUCUUGGAGUUUAGUCUGUUAUAAAGACAGGUAUAAAUUUGAUCACAACAAAGUCAAAACUCGUGUCUCAGGUCCUCCGUCCUCCAGAGUAGGAGUGUACCUGGAUCACAGAGCAGGUAUUCUGUCCUUCUACAGCGUCUCUGAAACCAUGACUCUCCUCCACAGAGUCCAGACCACAUUCACUGAACCUCUACAUGCUGGACUCUAUAUUUUAGACUCUGCUGAGUUUAUAGAAGUGAACUAAAGAGAAUUUUGAGUCCAUCAGACCAAAAUCAUGGACUGAGAUCCUUGAACUCUUGAAAUGUUCUGGUUUGUAAAUGUUUGUGGAUCAGUCUCACCAAAAACUCUGGGUUUAGUUCUUCAUUUCAGCUUUUUGAUUCUUUUCUAAAGAUGCUGAUUUGGUCGCAGCUUUAAGGACAGUGAUUGUGGAGAACUUUGAUUGUUUGUAUUUCUCAUGUUGAAAAAUCUUCAUACAGUUUGAUAUCAACAACAUCAAGAUGAUGGUUUGUUCAAAUCACCUUCAGUUGGUGCAGAUGUUGAAGGUCUGAGACUUUAGAAAAAAGUGAGGUCAAAAUCACAGAAAAAGGACGACCUUAUUUCCUGUCCCAAAUCCAAGCGUCUAAAGUCUUUCCAGUCGUCCCCAAAAAUUCUUCAGAUGAUCUGUUUCUUUCUCUGUUUGCUGAAUAUUUGUGUUCAUGUGAUCGAUGGAUAUUUCUGUCUGCUUCUGUUGGAUCAGUGUGUUUGUAAAGACAUCUAGAAUCAGACUUUGGACAGAUCUACAUGUUGUUAUGAGCUUUUCAAUCACUCUAAUAAUAAUAAUCACAUUUAUUAGUCCGACUGUUUGGAUGUUUCUGACUCAGCUCAGAUUGUGGUCAAGUCUCUGAUUGUGGGUAAAAAAAUCAUAAAAAUCCUCAAACUGAGUCACUGAAA